GCUACUGCGCGAGUUUGACCCUAAAACAUGGACCUAUCAGAGGAGGUGAACACCAGACCGCUGUGUGCUCUGUCUGCAUUCAGUUACAUCUCACCACGAUGGAAGGAAGCCAAGGAAAUGUCGUACUUCAACACGGGGUCAAAGGCCCCACAAGUCUCCACGAACGACCAAAUCCUUCCCCCGCCAGAGGGUUACGAUCCCAAACUGACCCGAGACAACAGGAAACACUAUAAAGGCAGAGGACUGCACAUCUACGAGGAGGAGAAGUCCAGAGCUGUGCCGCUGCGCGCUUCGUCAGAGUACGGCCGUCAUCCCGUCCUCGAGGAGUACAGAAGAGGUCAGCGAUACCCUCGUGUGUGUAAGCUAAACGAUAACACACACAGGACUGGGAUCGUCUGGAGUGAGUCCGAAUUAUAUGGACCAGUGGCCCCUGAAGGCUUCGACAGGAAGAAAUGAACUGUGACAGUAAUAAAGCAGCGUUGUGAUGUGCAGAUUUCUCGAUGGUUAAAAAAAUCCAAAACAUCAAACAUUCCAGUCAUCGUUUAUUCAGAUGACAUUUAAUUAUGACGUAUUACUGUUUAAUAUUCUGGUACUUUGCAAGGCACAAACAGUUUUUCUAAGUGAAAUAUGAUCUGUCCAAAGCGUUAAAAGAAUAAAUCAGGAAAUAUGGAGAUGGUGACAUUUUCCAGGAAGUUUGGGGAACAUUUGAGGCUGAAAUCACUCCAUCAGUAUGAGCGUCAUUCAAAGGUUCAGGUGGAGCA